UACAAAAGCUGUGUUAACACAAAAUAUUUUUAAACUACAACAAUAAAUAAGGGAUAGAGUGAAAAUAUUCAAGAUGGCCGUACACACGAUACCCAAAUAGAAAAAUAUUUUAUUGUAAAAAGGUCUGGGUGAAGUUUUUUUUUACAGGUUCAAAGCACAUAUUAGAAAAUCAGCGCGUUGAAGAUACAUGACGAUGUUAGGGUUGUCUGCCAAUCAAGCUCUUUAAGGACUUUUCCUUCAUUGUGGACAGGUGUAAUGGCAAGCCAUGUCUCGUGGCUACUACACCUUAGAAAAUGUAGUUUUGUUCUCCAGAAUACUGCACAUUUUUCUUUGGAUGCAUAAAAAAAUAUUUUUCCUUACAAAAUGAAGUCGCUAUCACAACUCAGUUUCUAUCUAAAUACCUCUUCAUUAAAUAUGCCUUUCAAUUUUGUAAAAUCAGAUAGAAAGUUUCGUUGUGAAAACAUAAGUGGUAUAGUUUAAAUAUUAUAUCGCCUUGUGUCCUUUUAAGCUGUGUAGCUAUAUAUCAAUGUGCCAGAAUACUACCUGAAUUGGAUUGGCUGUAAAAAGAUCCAAAUAGGCAGUAACUGGUUGUACUAUCUCUCAUAUAUUUAUGCAUAUUCUACUUUUUACGAUUUUGUUCUCCGUGUUGCGCCCCAAUCAGUAAAACGGUAACAAUUAAUAUCCUUAGCGUCAUCUAUUUUUUGAAAUGACUAUUUAUACUUAUUUUCUUUUCUGCUAUUUUGCACUACUUCGUGCAUUACACACAGACGAAUUUUUUUAGUUCACCUUUUGGGAAAUUAAAUUGUUUAUAUCAGAAAAAGUGCAUGUCAUUCAAGAGUCUUUGAUAUUUAACCACAUUAUCUUGCCAUCUUUUUUUGUAUCACAGCUUGUUUUCUCGUUUUUUAUCUGCGUGCAUAGAGUGGGGCGGAGCAGUGACCAAAAAGCUCAUUGCUUUUCAGUCGCUUCUAAGCAUCCAUUUUGUUAGUAUAAUUAAGUGAACUAGUCUUCUGAGUAUGCGUGGAUUCUUAGGGCGUAAUAAUGCUGACAAGCUUCAGCCCGUUUCAAAUAUUACUAGUUACGAAGAAGCGCUCUACCCUCCACGACCUUACCGUUACCACCUUCAGCAGGAUUCAAUUGUUCCUUCAACAUCACUGACAGCUUCGCCAUCUCCAAAUGCGUCGCAUUCUGCGUCCUCACCACCACCAUUAGUAGUGUUACCCAGCAUAGACGCUGAUUCUAUUUGUGAGCCCCAUUCGCAGCAAUCGCAGGCACAACAGCACCUCCAGACUCGACGACCCACGGGUACGAUACCUGGAGCAUCAGCCUCAUCUGGUGCUGCUGUUAACAAGCGUCCACCUCCCUGUCUAAGCAAAUUCUUCGAUUGUUAUGUUCCAUCCCCAUUAGAGAUGGAUGAACGAGCACUAUUUGAUGUUCUAGGGGGACCACAGUCAAGUUGGUGUGAGCCGUUGAACAUCUUCCACUACACAAAUCUCAUAUUUGAAGGCCCACCGUGCUUACGCGACAACGAUGUAAAGCUUUCUGUAGGUAAUCUUGCAGAUAAUAAAGGGAUAGGUACUCGGCCGGACUCGUCCGUGACCAUGGAGCGGCAGCAGACGGCUCUUUUGAGGUUCGCUGACGUGGCGCGUGUUCCACCAGAGUUGCGAUCCUUCGUGAUGGCGAUUGGCACUGGCGGGCUCAUUACGCUGCGUCCUGGGGCUGGUAAAAGUCAUAGCAAAAACGAUGCACUCAAUGUUCUACGUAUUCGAGCCUCUCGGCGGCCCCGGCCACCUCGCCCGAUUCGCCGUGGUGCGAAGGUUAUGCUGGAUACGGAUAAUGCCGCCACGUCGAUCAGUUCGCGUGUUGAUGGCAGGUUCGGGAAGUUGACCGCCGACGGCGUAGCAGUUGGAAAGAAGAGACCUCGUAGUGGGGAGGAAGGACCGGAUGGUAAAAAUUUAGCGGACAUGGAGCAUGAUAAUGAUAGCGACGAUAGCCAGCACAGUGCCAAUGUAGAGGAAGACGAUGACGAUGAUGCAAAUAACCUUUCAGAUGGCUUCUAUGCUGCGGAUGAUGAUGAUUACGGUGAUAAUGCCAAAGAUGGUUUCAAUGAUGAAAAUGACAAUGAUUUCUUUUAAAUUUUCUGUGAAUUUAGAAAUUACGGUGAAGAAAUUCAGGUGAAAAUAUAAUUCAUCCUAUAUGUAAUCGAAUUGCCUUCAUCUAAUCUCUCGGCGUUUGCAUUUAACUCGAUUAAGUGAAUGAUA